UGCCCGCUCCGUUCACGCCGCCGCUGCCACGUUCCCGGCCCGGUCCUCCCGGUCCUCCAAGCCCCCGGCCCGGUCCUCCAAGCCCCCCCGGUCCGUUCCUCCAAGCCCCUGCCUGGCCCGGUCCUCCAGCCCGGCCCGCCCUCCGCCGCAGACCACUCACCCACCGCACCUCAGCCCGGUCCGAGCCGCCCGCUCUCUGUCCCGCCCGCCGCCGCCGCGAUGUGGGCCCCCCGCCUGCUGUGCCUGUCCCUGGCCACCCUGGCCCUGGCCGCCGACAUCCCCGAGGAGGACGACGUGCUGGUGCUGAAGAAGGACACCUUCGAGGAGGCGCUGCAGCUGCACCGGCACCUGCUGGUGGAGUUCUAUGCCCCCUGGUGUGGACACUGCAAGGCCCUUGCUCCAGAAUACAGCAAAGCCGCGGCAAAGUUGAAGGAAGAGGGCUCGGAGAUCAGGCUGGCUAAAGUAGACGCCACUGAGGAGUCUGACCUGGCACAGAUGUUUGCAGUCCGGGGAUACCCAACCAUUAAGUUUUUUAAAAAUGGAGAUAAGGACAGCCCUAAAGACUAUGCAGCUGGAAGACAGCAUGAAGAUAUCGUGAACUGGCUGAAGAAACGGACAGGGCCAGCGGCAGACACCAUCACUGAGGCAGAUGUUGCUGAUAAGCUGGUGGAAUCCUCUGAAGUGGUUGUCAUUGGGUUUUUCAAGGAUCUGGAAGGGAAUGAUGCCAAGACAUUCUUUCAGGCUGCAGAGGCCGUCGACGAGGUGCCAUUUGGAAUCACUUCUAAUGCUGACAUCUUUGCCAAGUAUGAUAUGCAGCAGGAUGGAGUUGUCCUUUUCAAGAAGUUCGAUGAGGGUCGUAACAUCUAUACUGGAGAGAUGACUAAAGACAAUCUGGUGGAAUUUAUCAAGAACAACCAGCUGCCUCUGGUUAUUGAGUUCACUGAGCAGACUGCUCCAAAGAUCUUUGGUGGUGAGAUCAAAACGCACAUGCUCUUGUUCGUCCCCAAGGAGUCAUCCAGCUUUGAGGAAAAGCUGAACAACUUCAAGGCUGCAGCGGAGAGCUUCAAAGGGAAUGUUCUGUUCAUCUACAUUGACAGUGAGGUUACAGACAACCAGAGAGUUCUGGAGUUCUUUGGUUUGAAGAAAGAGGAAUGUCCAGCUAUUCGCCUCAUCACCCUGGAGGAGGAAAUGACCAAGUACAAGCCUGAGGUGGAAGACAUCACUGUGGAGAAUGUCAAAGGCUUCUGCAACCAGUUCUUGGAAGGGAAGCUGAAGCCUCACCUCAUGAGCCAAGACAUUCCUGAAGAUUGGGAGAAAACUCCCGUCAAAGUCCUUGUCGGCAAAAACUUUGAGGAAGUUGCCUUUGAUGAAACGAAGGAUGUUUUUAUCGAAUUCUAUGCCCCGUGGUGCGGUCACUGCAAACAGCUGGCUCCGAUCUGGGAGUCUCUGGGAGAAAAGUACCUGGAUAACGAGAAGAUAGUCAUCGCGAAGAUGGACUCCACCGCCAACGAAAUUGAGUCUGUGAAGGUUCACAGUUUCCCAACGCUGAAGUAUUUCCCUGCUGGCUCCGAGCGGAAGGUUGUAGAUUUCAAUGGUGAGAGAACACUCGAAUCAUUCAUCAAAUUCUUGGAGAGUGGAGGGAAAGAGGGCGGUGGUGCUCCUGAAGAGGACGUGGAUGACGCGGAGGAGGAGGGAGAGGACGAGGAGACAGACGGGGAGUCCGACGAUGAUGACGAUACCGACCAUCGUAAAGACGAGUUAUAAAGAAUCGCAACCAAAAACACUACAGCUUUUUGUACAAUUCAAAAUGCAGUAAAACAUGAAAUAUUUGACAUUACGUUUAGGUUGAUAAAAAAAAAAGCAGGGAAUAUCCAAUUUUCAGUGCACGCUGUGCAUUUGUCAUCAAUUUGUUAAUUUAUUAGGGAUCAUUAUCCUUAAUUGUUAAAGCCACAACCUGAUAUCUACACUUGGGAGUUUUUUUUUUUUUGUUUCCUGAUACUGAUUCAUGUAAUGUACUUUUGUACAGAUUUUUAACUUGUUUGUAUUAACAUUGUGUCUUUGCCUGGUGACGGACGGUUUUCGUGCACUUGUCCGAGUGCCUCACUGGAGUUGACGGAACAAGAUGCCGCUCUGUUUUUGGGCGGGGGUGGGGGGGGGUAAGGAGAGACAAAAAUAGUGAGGAGGGGCCCUUUGCAAUUGUUGCUGUGUUGUUGCUUUAAAAAAAAAAAAGAAGAGGCGUCUAGUUUUAAAACUCAGGGACUCUUCUGUAUCAGUUGUUUUUUAAGAAAUCUGGACCCAAGAUUUUUUUUAUUUUUAUUUUUUGGUUCAUGUGGGCGAGGAGGAGGGGGUACACCACGCGACGGACAGCGCGUGGGGUGAUGGCUUCAUCAGUGACUUGUGCAAUUCUUCGAGCAUUCCAACGUGCUUAAACUGAGGCAAAGACUUGGUGGCCAGGAUGAAAUUAAAGAAAGAUUAAACUUUUUUUCCAUUCGGA